UCUACAUACAAUUUUUUAUAAAACAAACAUAAAAAGAUGCCAAUAUAAAUAUCAAAGUUUUUAUUUGGAAAAAGUAAGUAAUUUUAAUCAGAUCGUAAUUUAUCUGGCCAUCACCAUUCGAGGAUUAAUUAAACUAAAAUUAAAUUAUAAUUAAAAGUUAAAACUCGUAGGUUUUGUAAUUCAAUACUUUCUUUUUAUUUUCAUUUUGCUAAUUAUUAAAAUUCCUUAACAGGGCAACAGCAUGCAGAUAUGGACCAGGCUUAGAGUGACCAAUUGUCUCAUCAUUUUACAAAAAAAAAAAGUCAAGCACGUUUAACGAAAAAUUGCACACCAAAUUUAAUAAAUUGAUCGCGAUCGAACGAUAUCGUUGUUUACACAAAAGAGAUCGUAUCGUUGAAGAAUUAUAUGACAGCCAGCCUAAAAUCAUCGUCGUCACUAUUAUCAUCAAUGUCAUCAUCGUUAUCGUUGUUACCAUUAUUAUUGUUAUUACGAUUCAUGAUUAAUUGCAUUGAAACUAUACCACUCGACCCGCCGUCUGAUUUCUAAAAAGAAACUAAAGGAAUGAUGAUGCUCGAUGUUUCAACGUUAUCGUUUUAUCCCAUUUUAAAUGUUUACUGUAUAAUAAAAUUGUAAUAUAGUCGUUGGGCAAAUAAAGCUCGUUUUUCGAUAUAUACACACACAUAUAUCGGACCUAUUAUCAAACCCUUUCGUGUGUAUAUAAAUCACCCCCAACAAUGAUUUUAUCAGACACACCGAGCAAUAUGAAAAUUGCUUUCAAUUCCUAAAAUUUCCGUCUAUUUUUUAUGAAGUACCAUUGUACAUGAUUAAUAUCAAGACUCAACAUGAAACAGAUUAUUCGAGCUACUUGCCAGAAAACUCGUCAGUUUUAAAAAGAAACACGAUGAUGGAAGAAGAAAUAACUAUUCGAAUGGAAGAGAACGUCUCGAAACCGGAACAGAAAUUGCGCCCAAUAAUGUACACCUCCUGGUUACUGGGUGUCGGAGUGGCUCGACCACAAAAUUGUCCAAAUUCAAUCACAAUCAUUCUUCGCGUUAUUCAUUUGGGCUUAUGCUCGGUGAUCGUUGCUUUCAGCGCGAUGGAUUUCGUGAAUUUCGGUAAAGUGUUUCACAGUCAAUUGUUCGAAAUUAUGUACUGGAUGAACGAAACAAUGUGUCACGUAGCAUCGUACUAUUACGUCUGCCAUUUGGUACAACAUUACAACAAAUGGCCUGAAUUGAUGAAGAAGCUCGAGUCUUUGGAUCUACAUAUUGGAAAAGAAGUGUCUAUCAACGAUGGAUCAAUGAAGAUCAGACAGAACCUGGCUGUUCUGACGGUUUGUCUGACUGGCCCUGUGUCAUUGAUCGUCCAUGUUCUCUACUAUUACUUUACUGCACCGGAUCAGAUCUUUGCUUCGGAUUUGUUGCUUUAUUACACGAUUUCACAGACACUGGGGAACAGCUUCGUGUUUGACAUGAUCGUGUACAUGAUCUGUCAGAGAUUCAGGGCGAUCAAUGAGAUGAUCGAGCAAUUGGACGAAGGAUCAGAUAUGCAUUGGACUGCGUUGAAGAUUAGAAGAAUCAGAAGACUGCACAAUGAAAUAUGUUCUGUAAUAAUGACAGUAAAUGAGAUUUAUGGUAUAGAUCUACUGAUAUGUUCCACAAAUUCUUUCAUAAUGGUAGUUGCAAAAUUAUUCAGAAUUUAUAUGAGUGCCGCGGAAAAGAAGAAUGGUUUCAUAUUAAUAAAUAACAUAAUAUGGAUGAUCUACGGAGGGCAAUUCGUUAUAAUGUGCUGGGUGUGCACGCUGACUCAUCGAGAGAUAAAUAAAAUUGGUCUAUGUAUAAGCCAAUUUACUUUGAAUGUUCAACAUUCAACGAAAUUCAACAAGCUGGCAUUUUUCAAUAAUAUUCGAAACAAGGAACCGGAACAAUUAGAAAUAUGUGGCGAUAACACUGCGUUAAAUUUAAAUGGUUUUGGAAUCGAAAAUCUGCUGAGGUCAAACUUUGAACGAGACUGUGUCAGAAACGAAAUUAAUGAUUUUUCAUUGCAAUUGCAACAAUAUCGUAUUGCAUUUACAGCCUGUGAUUUCUUUGAAAUGGAUAAUUCGCUGCUUACAAGAUUUAUCAGCGUUAUCACCACAUACUUGAUUAUUCUCGUCCAGUUCUACAAACCCGAACAUUUUUAAAGCAUAUCAAAAGGAAACAACAAAAUUAUAGAAGAUUAAAAUUACAAGGAGUAUAUCGGGAUGAU